AAGACUUCAAGCAUUCAACUUGAACCCCGACAUAAACCCUUAUCAGUUAUCGGCAAGUUGGAGUGCUCUCAUCAGCUUCCAUCCCUCACACUGAAGAGUGUCGAUACCUCCAUCAAUGGCGACUUCCUUUCCUUCCAUCGCGAACAUAGGCACUAGGGUUUCAGGCCCAAGAACCAUUUCACAGUGCAAGGUCAUCAGCCCUUCUUGUAAUACCCUUAGACUUCAAAAAUGUACUUCGCCGUCCGAUAUCUCGUCGCUGUCGACCUUCUUAUCCGGUUCGCUUCUUUGUCCCCCUCUCAGAUCUUCUUCAUUUCCUUCUUCUCAAAGGAGAAAUGCUUUCUUUAGCUCCACUCGAGCCUCAGCCCAGGAAGCUCCAUUGCAAUCUAAAGUCACCAACAAAGUUUAUUUUGAUAUAAGCAUUGGGAAUCCUGUCGGAAAGCUAGCUGGGAGGAUAGUAAUAGGUUUGUUUGGUGAUGAUGUGCCUCAAACAGCAGAGAACUUUCGUGCACUAUGCACAGGAGAGAAGGGCUUUGGGUAUAAAGGUUCCACUUUCCAUCGUGUCAUCAAGGAUUUCAUGAUUCAAGGAGGAGACUUCGAUAAAGGAAAUGGUACUGGCGGAAAAAGUAUAUAUGGUCGUACAUUUAAAGAUGAGAACUUCAAGUUGUCACAUAUUGGACCAGGAGUGGUUAGCAUGGCAAAUGCAGGCCCCAACACCAAUGGAAGCCAAUUUUUCAUUUGCACUGUCAAGACACCAUGGCUGGAUCAGAGGCAUGUGGUGUUUGGCCAGGUUUUAGAAGGCAUGGACGUGGUCAAGUUGAUUGAAUCUCAAGAGACUGACCGGGGGGACAGACCAAAAAAGAAAGUGGCAAUUAGUGACUGUGGUGAACUUCCAAUGGUGUAAGAAGUAUCAAAUCUUUACUUAAUUACUCGACCUUUUCUGCCUCAAAACUGUUUUUUCCCUCACUCAUUGUAGAGGAAUAUUUUGUGGACCAGCUGACCAGGUGGUCUGUCAGCCAGUUUUACACAUGGUUGAGAUCGAAUGGUUGGAUCUUGUUAAAAAGUUUUACUGGAAAUAAUGAAGAUUGUAAUCUUUUGGACAUCAAAUUACAGAUUACAGGAAAACAACUUGAAAAUCA